CCUGCCUGAUGCGCGCAUAGGCUACAUAAGUGGUGGGCUUUGCAGUCUGUGAAGGCAAGUGUAUCACCAUGAUCAACCUUAUAUGGGGAGGAUCUUCAACCUGCUUGGCUGCAUAAAUCAUAAUCAAGAUGAAGACGUGAUCAUAGCGCAUUCGGCAUCGUUCGAGGCAUCAGUAUACCAUUAAGUUCUGACGCGCACGAUAGAACCGUGGACUCCGGGCAAGAGGCUACAGAGGUGGUACACUGCUAGGCGGGGGCUGGAGGCGAAAACAGACAUAUUUUAAUGGUAUUAAUAAAACUGAUCACAAUGAAGCGCAGAAGGAUAGUGGUUGCGGCAGGCUUCUGUCUUGCCUUCUUCCUUGGUACACUGAUGAAUUUGCUGUAUAUACCAGGGUUUGAGCACCAUCAGAACCACGACCAUAGAGUACAUCGGUACUACCACGAAAAACAGCAGCAGGUUACAGGCGAUUCGCAGCUUCAAGUCGUCGAGUCAGUCACUGAAGCUGUGGCCGAGUCCAAUAGUAAACCUGCCGUAGGAAGCAGGCAUCAUCAGGACCUUCUGCUGCAGAUACGAGAAAGAUUCGAUGAGGUUGUGCGGUACCGUCAGCGCCAAGCACAUGGGUCUGGCACCGGAGACCCAGUCCGCCAGCUGGAGAGACGGAGGCUCAUGGAUUCAGAGCCAGGGGACAAUUGGGACCCUAUCAAAGUAAUUGAGCGAACCGAAAACCGACAGACGCAUUUUCAAAAUCGACUUUCACCUUCCAUAUACAUGCACACAGCAUCACGGAAAGAUUUCACUAUGACUUUGAGCAGCGUUAACGGUACUCCGAUGCUUGGCUGCAACAGCAUAGACAACGUGACCAAUGUUCAGUACCUCGGCUCAGGCUACACAAAGGCUGUCUACAAGGCGUCUCUCAACAACAGCUUAUCGGUGGCUCUGAAAUCGGUGGAUUUCGGCGGACACGAUAUGGAAAAUUGCGUAAAGAAAUAUGGUUCACCUGGAGACUGCUACAGACUGGCGUCCUUCAAAAUUGUGAAAGAAAUGACGCUGAUGGAAAGGCUACAGCACCCCAACAUUCUGAAGUUGUACGGCUACUGCUACCAAGACAGCAAUGACAUCCAGGACACGGUGACAGCCAUCACAGAGCUGGGAAGUCCUCUUGAGAUGAUCCAACUACUGCAGACCUCGUGGGAGGAACGCUUCAGGAUCUGUCUGAGUCUAGUGCGUCUGCUCCACUACCUGGCCCACUCCCCUCUGGGCUCUGUCACCCUGCUGGACUUCAGGCCUCGCCAAUUUGUCCUGGUGGCGGGGGAGCUCAAAGUCACAGACCUGGAUGACGCCAGCACAGAGGAGGCCCCCUGCUCCCCCUCCAACUGCGUCAUGGAGUUUCCCGCCCGCAACUUCACCCUCCCCUGCAGCAGAGGGCGCUGCUUGGGCAUCAACGAGAAGCGCAACCUCUACAACGCCUACAGGUUCUUCUUUACAUACUUGCUGCCUCACAGUGCCCCACCAACUCUAAGACCCCUACUGGACAAGAUAGUCAACGCCACAGGAGAGCUGAUAUGGGGGAUAGAUGAGACGCUGCUUCAGUUGGAGGAAGUAUUGCACCUGUACAGAAAUGGAUUUUACCUGCAGAACAGCACACAGACACACAUAACAGACUAUAAGCAUGUGGUGGAUGCCUCUAUUCCUGAGGAGAACUACCGCUGCUGGCCAUCCUAUCAGCACGAUGGAUGUCUGCUAUCAGUCUUCAGCAUCACAGAGGCUAUUAGUGUGUGUGAGCGCCAUGCCCAGUGCCAAGCAUUUGUAGUGACCAAUCAGACCACCUGGACAGGUCACCAACUUGUAUUCUUCAAGACGGGCACUGCCAGUCUGAGCUCUGCCAAGGGACGGGUCACCUACGUCAGAGUGGGCAGCUGAAUCAAUGGAGGGGGAGGAGACUUAACUGCCAAACCUUGCUUUGAUUGGCUAACCUGCUCCUGGGGCAUGCACUCACGGCUUAGUGAGUCACCCCAUUGGAUGGGUCGGACAGAGGGAGUUGAAGAUGGAUCCUAGACAACACCCUCCAUGGGCAUAGAGAAGCCCAAACCAGCUCACACUGAAGUGCAAUAAUAUAACUUGGAGAACAAUUUUACAAUAUUGCUCUUCAUAUGAUUCUCCGAAGGAAAAUGCUGGGUUGUGCAAGGCUAUAGCUCAGGGUAUAGUGCGGUUACCCUCCUAGCUAAGAAGGGUGACAGUGAACGCCUGAGAUUUCCCUCCUGUGCCCCCUAAACUACACUACAUUGUCAAAAGUAUGUGGACAACUGCUCAUCAAAAUCAUUGGUAUUAAUAUGGAGUUGGUCCCCCCUUUGCUGCUAUAGCAGCCUCCACUCUUCUGGGAAGGCUUUCCACUAGAUGUUGGAACAUUGCUGCGUAGACUUGCUUCCAUUCGGCCACAAGAGUAUUAGUGAGGUCGGGCACAGAUGUUGGGCUAUUAGUCCUGGCUAGAAGCAUCCCAAAGAUGUUCGAUGGGGUUGAGGUCAGGGCUCUGUGCAGGCCAAUCAAGUUCUUCCACACCAAUCUCGACAAACCAUUUCUGUAUGGACCACGCUUUGUGCACAGAGGCAUUGUCAUGCUGAAACAGGAAAGGGCCUUCCCCAAACUUUUGCCACAAAGUUGGAAGCACAGAAUCGUCUACAAUGUCAUUCAUUGUAUGCUGCAGCGUUACGAUUUCCAAUCACUGGAACUAAAGCCGGGUGUACACUACACGUCUUUCAAAGUCCUAACAUCGCUAAACCUCUCACAUUAAACAACCAUCUUUCCUGUAGUUUUCUUUUUGUCUUGCCAACGUAGUGGUGUGCACACAAAAUGAUGUGGCACAGAUGUGGGUCACACACUAUAAGAUUCUUCACUUGGUCUUGAGGAUUAUCAAUGCCACAUUGUCUCGCGAAAACAAUGAUGUGAGGAUGUGAUUAGAUUUAAUGUGGCUACAACGAGCUGUGGCUCAAAGCAGCAUCAAGUCUUUUCACGCUUGCCAUACAGAGUUUAAAUAUCUAGCCAACAUUUUGAAUGUAAUAACAUUGCUCUAGAACUUCACAGCAGUAACCAUUUGAGUCUUUUGAUUAAAGGCAAGUACAAAUGCAUACUAGUAGUAUUCAUCACACCUUCUCGAGAGUCUACACAUACUGAGUGAUACGAAACAACGGCAUCAUCUCACUGGCUUCUUCUUUGGCGAGCUCUCGUUGGUUAUUGCUCAUCACCGUUCUCAAAACAUUUCAUUGCACAUCUCACACAACAAGAGCAUUUCAGAUUUUGUGCUGAUAAAAUCAAACAUGUUUGAAAAUAUGGGGACGUCUGGGACUGCUCAAAGACGAGAUCAGUAGCCCUCAAAUUGCAUCUCUGACCCAUUCAUAUUAAACGAGCGUCACCCCUUUGUAGGGAUGAGGAUUUUGUCUCCGAUCUCAACAACUUGUCUGGGACAGCUAAAUCGGUGUACAUCUGGCUUAUGGGGCCAAGCCCGAACCAUGAAAAACAACCCCAGACCAUUAUUCCUUAUCCACCAAACUUUACAGUUGGCACUAUGCAUUCGGGCAGGUAGCGUUCUCCUGGCAUAUACCUAACUCAGAUUCGUC